GGGAACUACAGCCGGACGGCGGACGGCGGACGAUUGCUCCGGCCGCCGCCGCUUUGGAAGUAGUUGCUAUCCAAACCAACAUCGUAUUUCUUUUUUUUUUGCUGUUAUGUAUCCACCAUAAGUAAGCGGGAGGUAAAUAUAUCAAAAUUAACAAUUUGGCGGACGGCUCGUGAGUCAAGUGGAGGCUCUUCAGAGCAAUUAACUCGGCAAGGAUUUUGUUACUGACGGAUACUUUUUUUUCCUCCUUCCUUUCUUCUUUCACUCGGAAUACACAGCAGCAAACCUCACAAAAACAACAACAAAAAGCGCGGUGACUACCCAGGGCUUUUCCGUUGCUCAGCUGGUUCUUAACGAGCCGCUCGCUUCCCCCCGUGCUUUUCUGCCUCAUUUGCUGCCCCUCCGGCCGCUGGAGGGUAAGGGGGGCGGCUGGAAACGCCUGGAAGAGAAGCGUGUUACACGGCUUGCUUGGCCUCCCAAGUGUCGGUCCUUCGGCGGAAAGGACGACGGAUGGCUUGGUGAACCGGAGCACCGCCUCGGCAGCACCGACCUCAAGCCCCCCCCCCCCCCCCCCCCCCCCACCUUCCUCCGAAUUUGGUGCCUCUCAAGGUGGGGGCAUCGUGACGGAAGCGGGAGGACACCCCCCCCCUCCUCGUCCGGAGAUAACAAUGUUCCCCCAGGGGCGACACCCGAAUUGCACGGCGGACCGCAUCAAUUGCUCUCGCGGGCCGUUUAUGGCCCACGUGACUCAGACUCCCCACCAGGCUCCGGGUCAGCCCUUUAAAUUUACCAUCCCAGAAUCCCUGGACCGCAUCAAGGAGGAAUUCCAGUUCCUGCAGGCCCAAUACCACAGUCUUAAACUGGAGUGUGAGAAGCUGGCCGGUGAAAAGACGGAGAUGCAGAGACACUAUGUCAUGUACUACGAGAUGUCUUACGGCCUCAACAUCGAAAUGCACAAACAGACCGAGAUUGCCAAGAGACUCAACACCAUCUGCGCGCAAGUCAUCCCCUUCCUCUCGCAGGAGCAUCAGCAGCAGGUGGUCCAAGCAGUGGAGCGGGCCAAGCAGGUGACUAUGGCCGAGCUCAAUGCCGUCAUUGGGGUACGGGGACUGCCUGGUCUUCCACCUACGCAGCAUCUAUCACACAACCACGGCAGCGCCCCUGUGCCCCUUACACCUCACCCCGCUGGCCUGCAUCCCUCACAGCUUGGCGGUUCUGCCAGCCUGCUGGCGCUCUCUGGAGCACUCGGUGCCAUGCCCCCCCAUCUGGCAGGGAAAGACGGCGCUGAUAAGAAGUCCCACUUGUCCGGGCCUGACUCGCACACCGGAGGACCUGAGCACUUGAGAGAUCGGGAACCUGGCACCAGUAACUCGCUGCUGCCCGAAGGCCUCCGCAACUCGGACAAGCGACGGAACGGACCAGACUUUUCAAAUGACAACAAGAAGCGCAAAGUGGAGGACAAGGACUCGAGCCACUAUGAUAGCGACGGGGAGAAGAGCGAUGAUAAUUUAGUGGUGGAUGUCUCAAAUGAGGAGCAACCCUCCCCUCGUGGCACGCCCCUGCCCUCCCCAAGAGAAAAUGGCUUGGAUAAAGCACGUCUCCUCAAGAAGGACCCCUGCAGUCCCGCUUCGACCGCAUCGUCGGCUAGCUCCUCCUCCCUCAAAUCCAAAGAGAUGGCAAUGCGAGACAAAGCAGGCACCCCUGGGCUCAAGUCAAGCACGCCCACGCCAAGAGGGGAUUCCACCCCGGGGCCGAGCUCCACACCUGGUGUCCGGCCAAGCCUCUCAAAACCCCCCUCCAUGGAGAUCCCACAUCCACCUCCUGCAGGCCUCAGGACACCUCUGGCGGUGCCCGGCCCAUACCCGGGGGCGUUUAGCAUGUUGCCACACGCCGCGGGGAUGAACGGCGACCUGGCCGGGGCGGCCAGCGCUGCUGCCUACGCUGCCGGAUUGCACAACAUUUCGCCUCAGAUGAGCGCCGCUGCCGCCGCCGCUGCAGUGGCCGCAUAUGGCCGCUCGCCAAUGGUCGGCUUUGAUCCGCACCCUCACAUGCGGGUUCCUGGAAUGCCUCCCAGUCUGACAGGAAUCCCUGGUGGCAAGCCUGCCUAUUCCUUCCACGUUGCGGCCGACGGACAAAUGCAGCCGGUGCCGUUCCCCCCCGACGCCCUGGUUGGCCCAGGUAUUCCUCGCCACGCACGCCAGAUCAACACGCUCAACCACGGCGAGGUGGUCUGCGCCGUCACCAUCAGUAAUCCCACGCGGCAUGUCUACACGGGCGGGAAGGGCUGCGUCAAGGUGUGGGACAUCAGUCACCCCGGCAACAAGAGUCCCGUGUCGCAACUCGACUGUUUGAACCGGGACAACUAUAUCCGCUCCUGCCGCCUCCUCCCUGACGGCCGCACUCUGAUCGUGGGCGGCGAGGCCAGCACACUGUCCAUCUGGGACCUGGCCACGCCCACCCCCAGGAUCAAGGCUGAGCUGACGUCGUCGGCGCCGGCGUGCUACGCUCUGGCCAUCAGCCCGGACUCCAAGGUGUGCUUUUCGUGCUGCAGCGACGGCAACAUCGCCGUGUGGGACUUGCACAACCAGACGCUGGUUAGGCAGUUCCAGGGCCACACAGACGGAGCCAGCUGUAUUGACAUUUCCAAUGAUGGCACCAAGCUGUGGACCGGAGGCCUGGAUAACACCGUCCGGUCGUGGGAUUUGCGAGAGGGACGUCAACUGCAGCAGCAUGACUUCACGUCGCAGAUAUUCUCUCUCGGCUACUGUCCGACAGGAGAGUGGCUGGCCGUGGGCAUGGAGAGCAGUAAUGUGGAGGUCCUUCACGUGACCAAGCCGGACAAAUAUCAGCUGCAUCUCCAUGAAAGCUGUGUGCUCUCUCUGCAGUUUGCCUAUUGCGGUAAAUGGUUCGUGAGCACUGGGAAGGACAACUUGCUGAACGCAUGGAGAACGCCCUAUGGCGCCAGCAUUUUCCAGUCUAAAGAAUCAUCCUCGGUGCUUAGCUGUGACAUUUCUGUGGACGACAAGUACAUCGUCACUGGUUCCGGGGACAAGAAGGCCACUGUCUAUGAGGUCAUCUACUAACGCUGCAAUGAAAGGCUCGUCUGUACCUUUGACAAAAUGAAUACAACGGCCAUUUUUAGAGCUUGAAAUCAUCACGCUCCCUUUCUUUGUGGCAACUGGGAAAAAGAGACAGACAGACAGAGUUUCACAGACCAAGACAGAUGUUACUCGAAGGUUGCAACACUGCCCUUUUUUCUCUGGAUCACCUAACGGGCGACCGGAGCAUGCAUUUUUAUUAAAACAGAGUAAAUACUAAAAGCCAACAAGCAUCGUUGGAAUUCGCCAACAGACUACAGAGGAGACAAAAUGGUGGACGCGAGCCAAGGAGAAUCUCGGAGGCGGGGAGUGUUGUCCUCAGAGCCUGUUGCCUCUUUGCCCUCUGAACCUUAGCUCCCCACAUGGAGACGCCCACGCCGUCUCAUUGCGGCCUCUGCUGUCCUUACAGCGAUUCCACCUACAUACACACACACACACACACACACAGACACACACACACACACGCAGUAUCACAUCAGCGGAUCCAUUCCUGCCAUCAAUUGUCCUGAGGCACACACAGCCUUUUACCAUCUAAGAGCAGCGUGGGGAACCUUUUCCCACUUUCUAUAAAGUCCUCCAAAGUCCUCUAAAUAUGAAAAAUUCUAAUGGGACAAAUGUGUAUAUAUAGAGCAGGACGAGUUAGCACGUCCGGCUCAGUCGAGAGGUUCUCUUUUCGACUCUGGGUCAGGCUCUCCUGGUGGAGUUUCUCCCAUAUUCCUAAAACAUACAGGUUAAGUUAAUUGAAGACUCCUAAAUUGUCCACAGGUGUGAAUGGCGACCAGUCCAGGGUGUACCCCCAUUGCUUACCCAAAGUCAGCAAAUAUAGGAUUGGGCUAAUGGAGGCAAGUGCUACAGAAAAUGGAUGAAUGGAUAGGAUUUGGGGCUGUUUCAAAAGGUUUCCCACCACAGAUUUGAUACUGAUUUGAAGAGUUAAAACAAAUAUAUAUAUAUAUAUAUAUAUAUAUAUAUAUAUAUAUAUAUAUAUAAUAUACAGGACCUCACUUACACCCUUUUUAAAAUGAUUUCUAUGAAUGAGGGUUGGGCACCCAAAAUCUCCCAAUCAAUUAAUUCAUAGAAAGGAAAUUACAGGAUGAAAAAGUCUUGAUGUUCUGAGCAAGUCACCAUUAAUUAACAAGUCUUAACAAUCAAUGGUCGAUCGAUUAUUUUGACCAUCACUAGUCUGGAUGAACAAGAAUCCAACUGCAUCCCCACAAAAGGAGUGACAAGCAUCAGCGUUGCUCAUAUUUGUGCGACAUCUAAAUCACAAUAAUUCAACUCUGCUUGUUUUUUUGCUGUUGCUUUUUUUUCCAAUUCUAUUUUUGUCCGUUGAAUGUUUGUAAAAAUGUAUAUAUGUGUUGUGUUUUUUGUUGUUGUUUUUUUUUU